AGUUUUCAGUCAUGUUGUUUCUUUAAGUCGGCUUAGCCUUCCUGUAUACGCGUGAUAAUGAUACUGUUUUAAAGAACAGGCGUGAAAGUCUAAGAGUUUAAUCUAAACUCUGCACAAGAAGUUAAUCUGCCAAGCCCUAGGAUUCUCCUUCUGAAAGCUCAGAAUAUUUCUUCCCCUUCCCUACACACACAGGACUUGAAGGGUUAGAGAAGAAAGGCAGACAACAGCUUCUGAGCUUUGAACUAAUCACAGCCUCGGUUCUCAGUAGGAGCCCCAACACUGAGACCAGAAAAGAUGGUGCUACGCUUUCCUCUUCUUUUAUUGCUGCUGGUUCUAUGGGGACCAGUGUGUCUACUUCAUGCUUGGCCUAAGCAUCUCACCAGGGCUCAUUGGUUUGAAAUUCAGCAUAUACAGCCAAGUCCUCUCCAAUGCAACAGGGCAAUGAGUGGCAUCAACAAUUACACCCAGCACUGUAAGCAUCAAAAUACCUUUCUGCAUGACUCUUUCCAGAAUGUGGCUGCUGUCUGUGAUUUGCUCAGCAUCAUCUGCAAAAAUCGUCAGCACAACUGUCACCAGAGCUCAAAGCCUGUCAACAUGACUGAUUGCAGACUCACUUCAGGAAAGUACCCCCAGUGCCGCUAUAGUGCCGCCGGCCUGUACAAAUUCUUCAUUGUUGCCUGUGACCCCCCUCAGAAGAGCGACCCCCCCUACAAGUUGGUUCCUGUACACUUAGAUAGUAUUGUCUAAGGCAUCCACUGCUUUUCCUUUCAUUUGGCAUAGCUUCUGUUACAACCGCAUCCAUGUUUUAUUUUCUUUUGUUGAUUUUCCUGUUCCCACAGAAGAAAGAAGAAGGGUGUUGGGAGAAUUAGAGUGCCUAGGAUACCAGACCAGAGUUGAGACGAAAAGAAAUAAGAUUAUCUUCUGCUUUGUAGUUCUGUACUUUUCGAGAGAAGAGAAUAGGGAAGAGAGCAAAGAAAGAUUCCGAUUUCUAACCCUGCAACUUUUGCCAAGCUUUAUUGCCCUGUGUUCACAGCAAUAAAACCAUUUCCUGCUGCUUUCUAA